AUGAAUCUGAGAGACGAAGAAGAACAACACCUCUAUCCACCGGAUCCAUUUACUGAAGCUGAUAUGCAACAUUUUCGACGUGUCGCAUUUAUUGCUGUUACUUUAAGUACUGUGACAAUGUUAAGUUGUAUUAUUCUUAUGCCAAUAUCUUAUCAAUAUGUUCAAAAAGUGCAAAGUACAAUGAUAAAUGAUAUGGAAUUUUGUAAAAGUCGUAAUAGAGAUUUAUGGACAACAAUUUGGAGUGUGCAACAUGAAAAAGAAUACGAUAGUGGGAUUCGGUUUAUUCGUAGCGCAAAAUCGGGAAACAGUAGUAAAGGAUGGCCUUUUGGAUAUAAAAACCGCAGCGAUGAUACGAAUUCAAUUAUAAAUCAUUUUCAAAAUCAGAUUAGGCGACAGCAGCCAUAUGGUAACGAUGGAUAUGAUGGAGAUGAAUCUAAGAAAUCCACCGUAGGUGAUCGUUAUGAUGGACUUCAUGACGGCCGUAAUGAUAAGAAGAUGAAAGGAAAAUGUUGCUGCCAGUUGGGUGAACCUGGACCACCUGGUCAACCUGGUAUUGAUGGCCAAAACGGUCUCGAUGGUAAACCAGGAGCUGAUGGCAUGCCUGGAGAAGAUGUGGAGCAAGAUUAUUUAGCUCCAGUAAUAACACCAUGCAUCAGAGAAUGUCCACCAGGACCUCCUGGUCCACCAGGACUUCCUGGCGACAAAGGUCCCAGAGGUUAUGAAGGCGAAACAGGCGAACCGGGUGUUCCAGGGAAACCUGGAGGAAAAGGAUUACCGGGAAAACAGGGACCAAAAGGUCUAUCGGGAAUAAUAGGACGAGAAGGAAAUAAAGGAGAAAUGGGAAAACGUAUGCCGAGCAUGGGACCACCUGGAUUACCGGGUCGACCUGGUGAAAUGGGACCACCAGGAGUACCGGGACCACCCGGUGAAAAAGGACAACCUGGUGAGAAAGGUCAAAAAGGUGCACCAGGUGACGAAGGAAAUGCAGGUUUGUAUGGAAAGCCGGGAAUGCCCGGCGCACCAGGACCAAGUGGAGAAGAAGGUACAAAAGGCAGUUGUGAUCAUUGUCCAAAACCACGACUACCGCCUGGUUAUUACUUGUAA